AAAAGUUUCAAGAUGAUUCGGUCCCAAUCCCUGUCUCUGCAAAUGCCAACGCAGCCAGAUUGGAAGGGCCCCCCGACAACCACUCCAGCCAUGUCUCCUGCAACACCUGUGCUCCCUGGAGCCACUUGCCAGCUGGCACCAGCACCUUUUGCCAUGCCCGAGUACCAGCGGGUAACCAUCAGCGGAGAUUACUGUGCCGGGAUCACCGUGGAGGACUACGAGCAGGCCGCCAAGAGCCUGGCCAAGGCCCUGAUGAUCCGGGAGAAAUAUGCCCGGCUUGCCUAUCACCGUUUCCCACGGACCACAGCCCAGUACUUGGGUCAUUCCCGGGUGGAUACAGCAUCUCCGGGGGAGGGCCUCCCAG